AUGGCGUCUUACACCUACGAGUUGAUCGAGCUGGGGGACGAGGCGCAUGGUCUGGGUUGUGCGUGUUGUCGAGCAGUCUACGCGACCGAUCUUCCCCGUCCGAGCAAGCUUAGCAAGGAGGAGAUGGUUAAGCAUGCGCUGCGCUUCUCUACGGGAGUGUAUCGUGAUUGGACGAGGCUGAACGCGAUCUUGAAGCGAUUCGAAGGCACCAUACAACGCCGAUGGCAGAAGAAGAACCCGCGCCAGCGGCGUGAGAUUCUGAUCAAAGCAUUUCCGGCGGGCGAAAUUCCUUCCAGUCACAGGCCAGACUUUGCUGCCUUUCGUAAAGUGCUCAAGAAGGCUCCGCGUUCUCGCACGAUGCCAUCUCAAGCGUAUCUGUGGCCUUAUAUCAACCUCGAGGAUCUUCAGCAAGAUGUCCUAUUCCUCAUCUUUCUCAAUAGCCGUGGCCGCAAUCUGCCCGAGCUUUUCAUUGAUUCCGAUAUCGACGCCGCACAUCUCGGCAAAGGCUGGGAGUUUGCGCCCAGCCGUGACAGCGAAGCCAUGCUUUUCUGUGACCAGCGCACACCACGCACCUAUGGAUCCAUUGUCGGUGUUUUGGAGAACCUGCCAUGUCACUACGACGUGACGAAGUAUAUCUUUCGUGUGCAUCCCAGUCUCGGACUCCUCGGCCUCGAGAUCCAAGCCGGCAUCUACACCUUCUUGUUGGGCUGUGCUACCUUGAUACUACACGACAUCGAUCCGUCACAGUUCACGUUGGCUCCGCAUCAGCCACCGCCUCGUCCGCUAGAUCAUGUCAGUACGCACAAAUGGGGUUCUGUCCGAGACGCAAUGCUGCAGAAGCCGUAUCGCUUGCCUCAUGGUCUCGACCUUGACCGGCUUAGGUCGCUCGUGAGUGCGCGUCGAGCUUCGGCCGAGGAUCACAUAUGGAACCUUCGAGAGGACCCUAGUUACUUCACCGAGACUUUACUGGACUUCAAGGAGCACUCGUAUAGGGCACUCGCACACUUUCAGCACAAGUGUGCGAGCGCGUGGAACACCGUGGCCGGCGAGACGAUCGCCAAUGCAUUUUCCUCCCUGCUGUUCUGGCACGAAAUAGACAUGAGAUUGCGGAUCAUGCCGUCGCUGGCACAGCAGCUUAAGCGUGCCGACUAUGUUGGAAGGCGUCUCGCGCCUGCCGACGAACUUCUAUGGGCCGAGUUGGACGAGAUUGUCAAUCUCUUCGUCUUGGUCCCGCUCCAUCGUCUGCUGGGUGGUCUUCCAGUAAGCCCACGACUUCGGCAGUACUACCCCUACGGCACUGAAGAGGAUGCCACGCCAAGGAAACGCUGGACUUUCCAUUCAAAGAAUAACGAUGCUGCACACCGUGUUGAUGUUAUCUUUCAUUCAAUUACUGAUGAGGACCUACGCGCUACGCACCAGCUUCACCCACUUGUCCAAGAAGCUCAGUACAUGCUCGAGACCGAACCCGGUGCCAGCGAAUUGGUCGACUCUUGGCUAAUGGGUCACUUUUCCGAUCUGGCACUACUCAGUGAGCUGAUCUUGAGCAUGAAGGAUCUAAGGCCCUGGAACACAGCAUGGCGUGCGUGUGUGUGGGAUGAUGCUGACUUCGAGAUGGAUCUUGGCAUGAUUUUCGCGCUGGACCGCAACCUCAAUGACAGUAUACAUAAUGCCGUACUUGGCAUGUCGACUCUUAAGCUAUCCGACGAGUGCUGGCGUUACCCUGCAAACAAACGUGCAAGCAAGGCCAACAAUGAGCAGAUGCGGCGCGCUGAGACCACGCUGCAUAAGUACUGGAAACAGCUUGGGCAGGAAGUACUGCUCAAGGGUGGCGAAGAUAUCCUCGAGGUCUUCCGUGAACACGGACUGAAGUCCAGGAAGUUGUACAGAACCCCAAAGUGGAAGGAUCCGCUGAUUUUACCACCACCACCCUCGGCGCCUACACCUAGAACCGUAUUACAGCAGCGGGACAUCAACACGCCCGCGCCCGCCACACCUACCAAGGUCUUCGACACGCCCAAGACGAAGUUGAAGGUCAAGACUCGUGGCACGCCCACGGCGUUACAGGACGCGGUCAAAGAUGACACAUCGAGUGACGUGGAAGAGGAGCCCAGCAAGCCUCUCAGAACUGUCAAAAUCUCCAAGCGACACUUCAGAGUCUUCUCGGCACUUCUUCCGGCCUCUACAGCUGAAGAGCAUCAGCGGACUGAAGUUGCAUGGGACGAGCUGCUGCGCGCUAUGGACUCGAUCGGACUGAAGCCUGAGAAGCUCUAUGGAAGUGUAUGGUCCUUCACUCCUUCACCCAUCAAGGAUGGUGAGUGUGAGGAAGGCAAGGUUGAUGUGACCCGUCCAAUUCAAUUUCACGAACCCAAGGAAGUUAGACAUGGCAAUAAGGUGUCGUCGAGGAUGGAGCUCCAGGUCGAGUAUACGUGGGCUCGCAUGUCGGCCGUGAAGAGGCGCAAGACGCAGCACUCUCCUCGUCAACAGCGCAAUGUCUCUGCACAGGACAACACUUCUCCGGCCACCACUGCCCGCCGGCAGAAUGCAGGCCAUUGGUAUGCAACCAGGCCCGCUGCGCUUGGAUUGGCCAAGCUUUUGCUACUGCCCAUCGUGAGCGCAGCGCCAUUGGGGCUGUAUGGAUCUGGAGGCGUGCGCAUACGGGAAGACGCCCCGGAAGCACCCAAGUCACCGCACGAUCCGCAACUAUGGAUCUUCCUGGCCAUCGCCGUCGUACUCGUGCUUAUGGGAGGCGUGUUCGCCGGCUUGACGAUAGCACUGAUGGGCCAAGAUGAGACGUAUUUGCAGGUCAUGGCAUCGUCAGGGGAAGGGUCGGAGAAGAAGAAUGCAGCUGCGGUGUUGAGAUUGCUGAAGAAGGGGAAGCAUUGGGUCCUGGUGACGCUGCUGCUGAGCAAUGUCAUCACGAAUGAGACACUUCCAAUUGUGCUGGACAGGAGUCUGGGCGGCGGCUGGCCGGCUGUGGUGUGCAGCACGAUUGCUAUUGUCAUCUUCGGCGAGGUUGUGCCACAAUCGGUAUGCGUGCGCUAUGGCUUAUCCAUCGGAGCGUACAUGGCGCCUAUAGUCUUCGUUUUCAUGUGGAUUUUGGCGCCUGUCGCGUGGCCCACCGCUAAGCUGCUGGAUUAUGUACUUGGUGAAGAGCACGGUACGAUGUACAAGAAGUCCGGAUUGAAGACGCUCGUGUCGCUGCACAAGACUCUCGGCACCAGUCCGGCAGAGCGCUUGAUGGAGGACGAGGUCAAUAUCAUCAGCAGCGUGCUGGAUCUGAAGGAGAAGCCUGUGAGCGACGUCAUGACACCAAUGGAAGACGUCUUCACCAUGAGUGCAGACACUGUGCUCGACGAGCAGAUGAUGGAUACGAUCCUCUCACAGGGCUACUCUCGGAUACCGAUCUAUGCGCCGGACAACAACCAAAACUUCAUUGGCAUGCUACUCGUCAAGAUCUUGAUCACUUACGACCCGGAAGACGGCAAGAGAGUACGCGAUUUUGCGCUUGCGACGCUUCCUGAGACGUCGCCGGUCACGUCGUGCUUGGACAUCAUUAACUUCUUCCAAGAGGGCAAAAGCCACAUGGUGCUGGUGUCGGAGGAGCCCGGCACCAGUCAUGGUGCACUCGGCGUGGUGACGCUCGAAGACGUGAUCGAGGAGCUGAUCGGCGAGGAGAUCGUGGACGAGUCUGACGUCUUCAUUGACGUGCACAAAGCAAUUCGCCGCAUGACGCCCGCAGAUACGAAGCGUUACCGCAUGAGCAAGAACAACAAGCUCGUCGAGAUAGACGACACCCUCAUGAGCGAGUCUGAGCGCGAAGCCGAGAGGGCGGAAGGUGAAGACACACCACACCAGCGUGAAGAUGAGCGCCGGAAGUCAAGCGUAACCAAUGGCGUGCAUCCAAACCCACAGUCGGCACAGGUACCUGGUACGACGUUCAUGAUGCGACGGAAGAGUAGUACCGCUUCCGAUUCGACACGUGACACGCUCAAACCGAUGCCAAUCAGGAGUCAUACGAAUACGGCGGAUCUGCGACAUCAUCUCAAGCAUCUUGGACCCAGCAACAUGGCGAGCAACCCGAAAGUGACGAAGUACAAGAGCGUCAAGAUCAAACCGGGCGUAGGUACCAUUCCAGAGGGUCAUGCUACGUCCCCGUCUCCCGGUCCGGAAAGAAGCCGCUCGCUGGACAACACUGCACGAGGAGACGGCGAAGCGUCGCCAUUACUCAGCAGCGGUACUAGCGCUUCAAGGGGAGUGGCGGCUCUGCGUCCUGGGUAUGGCACGACUGACAGCAGCGUUGGUGGACGAAUCCGUGGCCUUUCCGAAGGUGGCAAUAGGAUGUCAGCGCAAGAGGCGUCACGGUUUGCGGAAGAGCACACAAGCCCUGGAGCUUCACCACAACAAGAUCGCAACUCCCUUCGUGUGCCCGGUAGGACCGCACCCCGCGACGAGGACGAUGUUGAAGAUGACGCCGAUACCGUCGGUGAGCUCGGACCGUCCAGGGAGCGCUCGAAGAACCGUCGAACUGCGCGGUCGGGGUCGAUCACGGAAACGACGGUCGAUGUGGACGGUGUCAAGAAGGUUGUGCUGGAGACGACAAGCUCGUCCGACGAACCGGAGGGUGGUGCUUCGCCUACGGAUGCGCCGGCUUCGCGGAGUCGGACGAACCUGCUGGAUGGGGCAGGUGAGCAGGAGAACGGCGAUGAUGAGGAUGCGGAGGACGGGGUUAAGCAGGUUAGUGGGAAGAGGCGCAAGAAGCGAGGAAAGCGGAGGAAGGGCGGCGAUGAUUGA